UUCCCAUUUCACAUGGCCAUACACUGAGGUGUCUUAUGGCCUCCAGCUCAGGGCUGUCCAUGUGAGAAGUGAAUCUAAGAAAGAGAAGGGCAGACACUUAAAGAGAGGGAAGAGUUUCCCACAGAGCAUGGCCUCUGCCAAAGAAGAUGGCGUGGAUGAAAGAACAGUGGACAUUAAAGAAGAGGACUGUGAGCGGCUCACACCAGAGGAUGUGUGUGUAAAACUGGAGGAUCACGAAGAAAGAAUUUCAGUUUUUAAAGAGGAGGAGGAGUGCAAGUGGGUGACUGUUACCAUUAAAGCUGAAGAUCUGAAUGAUUUCUACUUUGGUCUUGAACUUCAAAAGCAUGAAACUGAGGAUAUUUUCAAGCGCAAUGCCUGUGAUGAAUCUCCAUCCAGUUUACAGCCCUGGUCCACUAAUACAGGACGACUGGCUAUGCAGGAGAAAUCUAUAGAGCUGAAAUCAGAGUUAUCAGAGUCUGAAGAGAAAAUCACAGAGGGAAAUGGGAGAGAAGGAGAAGAGUCACCUGGGAGUGUUGGAAUAAAUUUACAGAAGAAUGGCAGCUUCUCUCCACCUUCAUUUGGUCAGCACUCUCUUCAAUACAAUGAGAAAGGUAUGAAGAAAUCAGCAAGAGGAUCAGAGAACCUGACAGCAGCCUUUUUGCAGUGCAGUUCUCUCCCUGCUACUUCAGUAACACAGACAGAAGCCAUCAAAACUGACCGACAGCAAGUGGAGAAAGAAAUACAAAUUCAUACUGUAAAAAAAUGUUGUUUGGAAUGUGGCAGACAAUUCACACGAAAAAGUGAUCUUACUAAACAUAUGAAGAUUCACACUGGAGAAAAACCAUAUUGUUGUAAUGAAUGUGGUAAGUCAUUCACAAGGAGUAGCAGUCUUCAGAGACACAGAAGAAUCCACACAGGAGAAAAAACACAUUGCUGUCCAGAAUGUUGUACAUUGUUCUCAAACAAAAGAAAUCUUCAGAACCACAUAAGAAUCCACACAGGAGAAAAACCUCAUUGCUGUCCAGAUUGUGGAAAGUCGUUCUCAAGUAUAAGCUCUCUUCAGAGGCACAGAAUAAUCCACAGAGGAGAAAAAAUGUAUUGUUGUCAUGAAUGUGGUAAGUCAUUCUUAAGGAGAAGCAGUCUUCAGAACCACAAAAACAUUCACACAGGAGGAAAACCUGAUAGCUGUUCAGAAUGUGCCGAACAAUUUUCUGACAAAAGCGAAUUUGCAGUAUGUAUGUUCUGAAUGUGGCAAAUGUAUACAAGCCAGAAAGGUCUUUAUCCACAUGCCAAAAUCCAUACUGAAGAAAAGAUCUCAUUGCUGUUCUGAAUGUGAGAAACGAUUCUUUUAUUUAAGCACACUUCAGUGCCACAUCCAAAUUCAUACUAGAGAGAAACCUUAUUGUUGUCCUGAAUGUGAUAAGCAGUUCUCACAACAAAGGACCAUAAAAAAUCUCAUCAGACGUCACUCCGGAGAGAAACCUCAUUGUUGCUUGGAAUGUGACAAACAAUUCUCACGCCUCAGUUCACUUUACUUGGUUAUUUAUUUUUAUUUUUGAAAUUUUAUUAAUUUUAUUGCAAUCAUUCCAUACAAAUCAAUCAAUUUU